UGGCAAGUGCCUGGUCUAAUGAAAUGGAUCCAGUGUAUGAAAAUUCUGCCUACAAAGAUUCAACUGCUGAAUUUAGAGGCGACUCUACUCAAUACAAGGGUCAGACUCUCUGUAAGAGGACUAAAGUUCUUCUGAUAGUUCUCAGUGUCUCUGUUGUUAUUGCUGUUGGGGGUCUCUGUGUUCUGGGGGUCCUGUAUCUCAAUAAGCGUGUAGAUUUUGAAUCACUGCAUGCACAGCAUGAGAUGGUUUUAAUGCAGCUGUCAGAUCAAGAGAUUAACAACACACGACUCAUUGUUUCCUCUUGCAAACCCUGUGAGGACGGCUGGACAGAACACGGUGGAAAGUGUUAUUUCUUCUCCUCUGAAGCACAGACAUGGUUUAAGAGUCGUAAUUCAUGUGAAGCAUUAAAAGCUAAUCUGGUCACCAUCAACACCAGAGAUGUACAGGGUUUCCUGGUGUCUAAAAUUAAAGAGACUCACUGGAUUGGUCUUGAUGAUCUGGAGACUGAGGGCCGGUGGGUUUGGGUGAAUAACCAAACUCUUGAAGAGACAGGACUACACUCCUGUGGGCGUUCAGUGCAGCUACGGCCGUCGUCUGCCAGUGGUUUUCCCGGAGAGUCGUAUAUCCAGAGUCGCACCAGGAUUUAUUUCCGGAUCUUCUUCACGGCACCCGGGCUGGUUGAGAAAGCCCUACUCUCACACCAACUCGUCACCGCUGGGUUCCUAUCCUCGGUCCUGGCCACCGUGCCCGACUCCUUCCGGGAUCUUCUCUUCUCACCACGGUCCGCUACUGCAGCAUCCACGAACUGUACCACAUCUUACCACCGCAGGCAGAAACGCUCGCGGUGGGGUAGUUAUUCCUUGUUUUGUUGUGCCGUAAAUAAAGUUUGGUUUACCGCAUCUGGGCCGUCUCUGUGCUUCAAUCAUGACAGUCAGGUUUCAGAAAUUGUGUGACAAGUA